AUGUUUGCUCAGGUGGUGUUAUUUCUCUGCCUAGCAAUCUAUACAAAUGCAGUACCAAUCGAUUACCAUGGUGGUCAUGGAUACGGCGGGGGUUAUGGGUAUGACGGUGGUUAUGGGUACGGAGGAAUAGCUUAUGCAGCCGCUGCACCUGUGGUUCAAGCAGCUCCUGCUAUUGUGCAAGCGGCACCAGCAGUUGUUCAAGCAGCUCCAGCUGUUGCAGUUCAUGCUGCACCUGCUGUCGCAAUUAAAGCUGAACCUUAUGAUCCAAAUCCGCAAUAUAGUUUUAAAUAUGGUGUAAAUGAUCAUCAUACUGGUGAUUCCAAACAUGCUGAAGAAACUUUAGUUAAUGGUGUUGUUCAUGGCAGUUAUUCAUUGGCUGAACCAGAUGGCACAGUGAGAAAAGUUACAUAUACAGCCGAUAAAAUAAAUGGAUUUAAUGCUGUUGUGCAAAAAAUUGGUCAUGCAGUGCAUGCUGCGCCAGUAGCUGUUGCUGCAGCACCAGUAGCUGUCGCGGCAGCACCAGCAGUAGUUGCACAGGCUGCACCUGCUGUUGCGGUAGCACAACCAGCAAUUGCGGUAGCCCAUGCAGCUCCAGCUGUCGUUGCACCACCACCAGCAGUUUAUGCUCCAUCAGUAGGUUAUCACGGUUAUGGUUAUCAUCAUUGAAGAAUUAUCUUC